UCACUACUUUGUGUUGGCGUGUCUUGAUGCCGUUAGAAGAUUAGAUUAGAUACAGUACUUGGGUACCGUACGUCCACAACACGAAGCGUACAGCGCCUUGCCCCACAACGAUCGUCUCUCUUUCUCGUCCGCAUCUUCUUGGCAUCAGCAUUCAAUUCUUAGAAGCAAGUUGGCAGCAGGGUCGUUCCUAUUCCUUGUUCCAAUCGCAUACAUUCCCCCAGACUCCAUCCUGUCUUCAGGUUCUACCCAACGCUACAGAAAUGCCGCACGUCGAGUUGCCCUCGGCCGUAUUCAAGGUGAGUUGAUAUUCUACGAGACCGACCGGUCCAGCAAACAGAAACACCGCAGCAACGACUCGGCACCUUGCGGUUUGGUGGGGUGCAGUGUUUGGCUAUCGAUGCGUUGAAAAUUUACCGUGCUCGAAGUUUCCUCCUUUUCGCAAACCUCACCAUUCCACGAUCGGGUCGUUCUCGUUUUCGUUUUCGUUUUCGUUUUCGUUUUCGUUUUCGCUUUCGAUCUGUUCCCUUUUAGGUCGUCAUGCUGGGCGAGACCUUCACGGGAAAGACCUCGCUCGUGCUCCGAUUCGCCGAAGGCCGCUACCGGGAUAGUUCUUCCGAUCCAACGGUUGGAGCCUCCUUCAUUACCAAGCGACUCACCGUUCAGGGCGUUACCGCAAAGGUACAGAUCUGGGACACGGCCGGGCAGGAGCAGUUCAAGAGACUGGCUCCCAUGUAUUACAAGAAUGCCGCUGCUGCGGUGAUUUGCUACGACGUGACGUCCCCAAAGUCCUUUGAAACGCUCGAGUACUGGAUGAACGAGCUGCAGAAGAAUUCACAGGCGCACGGCAUGGUCAUUGCCAUGUGCGCAACCAAGUGCGAUCUCGACAGGGACCCGGACACGUCCCAGGCAGAGGCUCUGGCCGCACAGACCGGGUCCAUCUUCAUGAAGACCUCCUCGAAAACAAACUCGAACGUCCAGCUGUUGUUUCAGAAAGUCAUGGAACGGGUCCUAGAUUGUCACAACGGUGUUGGCAGCACGAGCUCGCCGCCGGCGCCUCCAACAACAGAACUGAACAACGACGGAACCAACCAGAACACCAGCAUCGACAAGGGGACGGGAGCGGGGAGUCAAAACGAAGCGACCGCACAAAAAAGCAGCGGUCGGUUCUCGGACGAGAAAAAGAUGGAGCUGGAAGACAACGACGACGAUGUAGUCGACGUCAAGCGGAAGGUGUCCGAGGACGGCUCUCUGAAGCACGCCAAUGUGUCACGGUGCGAUACCAGUCUCAUGUGCGGCGAAGUGGUUGGGGAAGAUGGAUCCAUUCGAUGUGUCAUACAAUAAACAAACGAAACCAAGCUAGGCAACCACGAUUCGGGUGGAUCGCAAUGAACGAAGCCAACGCAG